UCGAAUAGAAAUUCGCCCGGUUCGUUUACGUAACGAUUAAGGCGAAGGCGAUUGGUCCGAUCCGUGUUCCGUAAACCCUAACCGGCAGUGGAAGAGCCGGCGUCCGCCGUCGGCCGUCCUCCCCUCGGGAAGGGAAUGGAAGCGGUCCGGCGGUGGUGCGGUCACGUGACGCGUCUGGGGUCUUCCCGCCUCGGCGAGCGGAGUCCGAAGAUCGACGCGGACGCGGUCGGUCGAGAGGCGCGCGGAACGGUAAAAGAGAGGAAGACGGAGGCCGUCGGAUCCCGGAUUACGAGGCGUUCCCUGCGUAAGAGGCCAUGGGCGGUCGCCCCCUUCGCAGACUGCCACCUUCCCUUCCGUGUAUUGCAUUCGGUCGUCUAAAAGUGAGAGAAUCCUCGUUGAUGAAAUCGGAUCGAGUAUCCCAAAGUAAACCGAGUAUUCCGUUGGGACAGAAAGGUGUCUGUAAGCGUGGCGGUUGAAGCCAUGCAUCGCCCAACUCGUUUGAAGAUCACGGAUUUGAAUCCCCAUUUGACGUGCAUUCUUUGCGGAGGAUAUCUUGUUGAUGCCACCACCAUCAUCGAAUGCCUCCAUUCCUUUUGCAGAACCUGCAUCGUCCGUUAUCUGGAAACGACAAAGUUCUGUCCUAUUUGCGACGUGCAAGUCCACAAAGCCAAACCGUUAUUAAACAUAAGGGCUGACAAGACCCUUCAAGACAUAGUGUACAAAUUAGUACCUGGAUUAUUUCAAAAUGAAAUGAAGCGAAGACGGGAGUUUUAUGCAGAGCAUCCCGAUGCAGAUAUCAACGGAAGAAUCUCUCCGGAAGACAGGGGUGAAGUAGCCGAGCAAAGAUUCAUUUAUACUCCCGACGAAACAAUUAGUUUAUCUUUGGAAUACGGUUUGGGAACAAAUCAAGUAUCCUCCGCGGACCCUAACCCUCCAAAGGAGAUCGAAGUUCAGACAUUGGAAACAAAGCGACGUUUCUUACAAUGUCCCGCAGCCAUUACCGUUUCUCAUCUGAAGAAAUUCGUCAGUAUGAAAUACGGAUUACCUUCCACGUAUAGGGUGGAGAUUAUGUACCUGGACGACCCGUUGAGGGACGAUUACAGUCUUAUAGACAUUGCGUAUAUUUACGCUUGGAGACGCAAUGGUCCCAUGAAAUUGUUCUACAGAAUAGUGGAACGUCCCGCCAAGCGGAUGAAGAUGUGUUUCGCGGAAGAAGAGGAAGAGUCGACCGACGUUAAAGCCGACUCGACCAACGACCUGGCCAUGGAAGUGGUCGAGGAGACAGAGGAGCGGGACAAGGCCGAAGAUAAAGGCCGGACCGACAAAGAGGAGGAAGUGACGGAAGAGGCGGAAAUGAAGGAGGAAGAAGAGGAACGAAAGGACAGAGUCUCGGCCGAAACGGGUGCGGAACGAGAAGAAGCACGAGAAGCGUCCGAGGCCGAGAGCGCCGUGGACCAAUCGGGAAAGUGUUCGUCGGCGGAGGGGGCCGAAGAGAAGGAGGAGAGGGUCGCAUCUUCUUCUCCGGCCGUCGUCACCACGACGGACGGCGCGGAGAAGGCCGAACUGUCCGACCGACCCUCUCCCAAGAAGGAGGCGGAAAAGGAAGACGAAGCCGAGGCCACGGACGACACCGAGGCCGACAGCGGAAGAGGAAGCGACGUCGGCAGUCAGGCACGUUCCAGCUGCGACGACGACAUCGGCUCUCCCGCGUCCACGGUGCCCACGCCGGAAAUCGAUAAAUCGGCAGCGACGGUGGCUUCGCCUCCCCCCACGGCCAGUCCCGCACCUGAAGAACCGCCGCCGCCUCCGCCUCCUCCCCCGCCUCCACCCCGGGUCAAACCCGAGCCCCAGUCGCACCGAAAGUCGACGGACUCACAGAAGGACCAGAACGGGCCCCUGGACCUGUCCACCUCUCACAGGCACGGAAGAGGCGAGCGACCCCAACACCACCGACCUCGCCACGUGGCCAACCCACCCGUUCUGGACAAGCACCGGCUGCCCACCUGUCUGCCGGCGCCCAAGCACCCCUGCUUCAAACUGUUGCCCACUCCCAUCACCCACGGAGGCGUGUACAAGAAGCACGAGUUCGGGCGCAAUCACCGGUGCAAGAGCAACCUGACCGUCAUCAACCCCGACCCCAACAGUUUCCGACCGAAGAUCGUCAUCAAGGCUCUCGAUCCUCGGCCAGAACACGCGCAUAGCCAUCAUCACCAUCAUCAUCACCACAGAAUGUAAGCGUGGCGUAGGAGGACGCCGGGUCCCCGCGCCGAGUCCGACAGUGCAAUCUCUCUGGUGUGUGUUGGUGAUCGGGCGUUGACUCGAUCGAGUACAAAGCGUUCGGACGCUUCGACGAAACUAGUCCCGCAGGACGAGGACUCGUCUCCUCCCGUGUUUCCGGCGUCGGCGCGUCCACGCGUAGUCGGGGGCGCCGAGUCUCGCAACUUUUAUACGUUCGGGCACCUCCGGGUUUCGAGUACGCGUGGCGGCGGUCGACGGGCGCCGACGUCUUUAGUUGUUAUCCUUUAGAUGCGUUAGGUGGGUAGGGGAGUGGCCCGCGCGGUAGACGAAGCUUUUAUUCUUUUGUACUCCGUUCCGUCGCACGUUAUCUCGUUGUGGUCGAUCUCGAACCCGUCACGUACGUAAUUCGUGGUAUAAAUAGUUCAUCUCGUGUACAGUAUACGAUUGUGAGAAGUAAACUUUGUUAUGGAAAAUAGCUAAUCCGAUGCCCGUCGUUCGGGUUGUUUUUAGCCAAUUAUUUUUCCCCGAUUUAUCUUUGUACAGCAGGUUAUUAAGGAACCAAUAAAAAUCUCUGCUUGUGUCCA